GUGGGUUCAGCAACCAACAGUCUCAUUCAGCAUUAGUCCCUGGGCAGUCGCUUGAUUUUCCUCAACGUCCAGUUUUCCGGGGUCAGCCUGGCCCCCAUCCUCCUCCUUCUUCACCUAUCAAUAGUACUUCCCAACUGUGCCCGAGUGUGCAGUCUUCCAUCCAUCUCUCCUGCGAGAACUUGUUCUAGCUGUUGUCAGAGCAUAAUUUCCUUUUCCCCCAUCGUUUAAGUCCAAACGUUAACAUGAUGUGGUCGUCAUCCUAUCCUACAAGCACCCCAUCCCAGGUUGACGGGAAAACUUAUGAUUACAUAAUUGUCGGAGGCGGGACAGCCGGAUGUGUUCUGGCGGCACGGUUGUCUGAGGACACUGAUGUUAGUGUUCUCGUGCUCGAAAAGGGCCACGUGAAAGAUAAUCUUGUCUCGCGGAUGCCGCUGCUUAGCCAGAAUAUGUUCCUCGGUGACCCCUUGCAAGUGCAGAGUACUCGUUGGUCUGAGCCCAUCCCCGAAGCAAAUGGGCGCAGAACAAGGAUCUGGACGUCGGAGGGUAUUGGUGGUGCGACACGUAUCAAUGCCAUGCUCAUGACAAGAGGUUGCCGAGCUGACUAUGUUGCGUGGUCGAACGAAUUGGGGCUGUCAGACUGGGGGUGGGAGCAGGUUGAGCCUUACUUCCGCAAGAUCGAAAAUGCGGUCGAUCAUCCAGAGUCUAAGGCACGGGGUCACGAUGGCCCCGUCGAAGGACGUGCCGCCAAGAUGCCAUUCAAAUGGGUCCCAUACAUUGAGAAGUCUUUCCAAAAGCUUGGCCUGCCUCUGGGAGGAGACUGCAAUGGCCCGGACGCUCCUGCAAUGGGGCUGUUCAACCUCGAGGCUGCCAUCGACAAGCACGGUAGAAGGAUCUCUGCCCUGCAGGCGUUUCUUGGCAAAAAGCUCGCCAAAGAGAGAUCUGGCCGCCUCACAAUCUGCACGGGGGUUGUUGUCUCACGAUUGGACAUUGACGGUCCUGCGGGACUCGUCAACGGUGUCCACAUCCAGUCGUCUCAAGGCAAUCAAACGGACAAGUUCUCAGUCAAGGCGCGAAGAGAGGUUAUCCUGUGCUCUGGUGCCAUUUGCACACCCCAAAUUCUUCUGCUCAGUGGAAUUGGGCCGACAACACUGGCGUCGGAGACCAAUGACAGUCUCGACAUUCCUCUCAUCAAGGAGCUGCCGGCCGUUGGCACGAUGUUCUCUGACCACUACAGCUUCCCAAUCAUGCUGGAGCUGCCAAAAAAGGAGACAUUCCAUGUACUGGAAUCGAUUUGGGGUCUGUGGCACAUGCUGCUCUGGUUGUUUGUCGGCAAAGGUCUCUUUGCUCGAACUGCAAUGGCCUCGGCUGCCUACCUCCGCACUGGAGCCAUUAAUCCCGAGACAAUGUCUGUCAAGACACGCCAGGAGGACGGCACGGAUAACCUGGACUCGUCUCAUCCAGCUAACAGACCGGAUGUUGAAAUCAUGGUGAUGCCAAUCAAUGGUUUAGAGCGUCACGUUCCAGGCCAUGCAUUGUUCAAUUUGCAUCCAACUAUAAUCCAGCCUUAUGCAACAGGCUCAAUCACCUUGAAAAGCAAAAAUGCGCUCGACAACCCCCGCAUUGUGUACCCCAUGUUCACCGAUGAGCGAGAUCUCGCAGCUGCAAGGCUUGCCGUACGGUUUACCAUGCGUGUGGCAGCUGAAUUCCAGGCCUCGGGCUACCCAUAUCCUGCCCCAUUCGCAUUCGCUCCCGGCAACAGACCGGACUUGUUGCGAGAGUGGGAGGAAACCGGUGAUGAAUGGAGUGCACCGAAGCCCACUGGAACCACAACAAAGACUACAAGCCCACCCACAAGCGAGAAUUCAAACGACGGUAAGACAUGGAAAACCGUCACGGAUGGUGAGAUUGAUGAUUACGUCAAGAGGGUCAGCCAUACCAGUUUGCAUCCUGUAUGCACAUGUCCCAUGUCAAACGAUGAGAGUUCGGGCGUCGUGAACCAAAAGCUUCGAGUUCACGGCUUCAAGAACCUGAGGAUCGCUGAUGCAAGCGUAUUUCCUCGCGUUCCCACCAGCCACACGAUGAUUCCAGUAAUGAUGAUUGCGGAAAGAUGUGCCGAUUUCAUCAAACAGGAUUGGAAGGCAAGCACUUGAGCUGGAUGAGUUGGAGAAGUUCGGUUGCAUUGUUUUAUAUCGUUUAAUUCGAGAGAAGUAGUUAGCCGGAAUACACACCCUUAAGC